AAUUCAUCUAAUCCGGAAGCCAGAUUGGAGAAGAGGUGGAACAACUCUAACCAAAUGUUAUGGUCAGUCUUUAAUCCCGAGUGUGAGAAAUUGAGAUGUUCUCUGUAGUUUGUGCUUUGUAGUGCGAGGGAGUUUGGGGUUGGAAGCCAUAAGACUAGAGUUCAGAGAGAGAGAGAGAGAGAAGGAUUGAUUUAUUUCAUGGUAGUUCUUAUCAACUUGCAAGGGGUAGGGGUAGGAUGUCCUCAUCCUCCUCCCACUCCCGUUCCCACCAUGCUUGCUGGUUAUCCACAUGGACAUCAUACGAGUGGGAGAUGGAGGAGGCGGAGGAACGGUGACUUUGUGCUCCGAUGCGCAAUUGCGGAACCAUCGGGAGAGCCGGCUCCACUGGGGCAGAAGACACAGUACAGAGAUGGGUUAUUAGAGAAGGCUUUCAUGGCUCUGUUCGCCCGCAAGAUGAAGAAAUAUGCUGCUUCCCCCAACACCAGCACUGCGCUUUCUGCUUGGAAUUUCGACUACGACACCUUCGUGGAUGUAUCGAGAAGGGUAAUGCAAGGAAGGUCUCGCUUGCAACAGCAGGAAGUAGUACGAGAAGUCCUCCUUUCUAUGCUGCCUCCCGGUGCUCCUGCUCAGUUCCGAAAAUUGUUUCCACCUACGAAAUGGGCUGCAGAGUUCAAUGCUGCAUUGACAGUUCCUUUCUUCCACUGGUUGGUUGGACCCUCUGAGGUUGUGGAAGUGGAGGUAAAUGGAGUGAAGCAACGAAGUGGAGUCCAUAUAAAGAAGUGCAGGUACUUGGAGAAUAGUGGUUGCGUUGGAAUGUGCGUGAAUAUGUGCAAGAUCCCUACUCAAGAUUUUUUCACCAAUGAAUUUGGACUUCCCUUAACAAUGAACCCAAAUUUUGAAGAUAUGAGUUGCGAAAUGGUGUAUGGACAAGUGCCACCUCCCUUUGAAGAGGACCCAGUGUCCAAACAGCCUUGUUAUGCUAACCUGUGUUCUGUGGCAAAUCCCAGCUCCAGUGUUUGCCCUAAAUUACAGGCGUGAAACUAUAUAAUUUUCUACUGGGGAAUCUGAAAGAAAAUGAGGGUUCUGGAGUAUAAUCAUGUUUAUUCACAUUGGUCCCGGCUGUUCAUCCUUCUUAAUAGGUGACGGUCUCACAUUCUACAUCGAAAGGAAGCAAUGGUACAGAUGCGCUUGUUGAAUUUUAUCUCCAACUUCUUUUCCCUUCUCAUUACAUUGGCUUACAUUUGGUUACUGGAGGGAACGUUUGUAUCCUCCAAAAGGUUGUAAAUGGAUGCAUGUCUAAUUCAUCUCUUAUAGAUUGAAUAUAUGGAUGAUUAGAACUGAGUCUUAAAUGUAUAAGAAAUGAUAAGGUAUACCAUAUUAAUAUACGUUCCUGUUGAUUCAGACAAGUUUUUCA